GUGUUAAAUCUGAGUCCAAGAAGUUUCAAUUAAAUUGGGUAGGACGAUUUUUUUAAAAAUUACAAAGGUUUUUAUUAAAAUUUGAAAAAAUGCUGUGUGGACUCAGAGGAACGAUAUUAAUUACUCUAUCUAUUUUGAACGCAUGCAAUGCGGAGUUAAAGAUGAUCCAAGCAACGAUACGGCACGGCGAUAGAUAUCCUUCAGGAUUACAGUUUGCAUUAGCGACUUAUCCAAAUGAUCCUCACAUAAAUAACACUUGGGUGACUAGUGGAGAAAUGCUAUUGACAGAAAAAGGAAAAUCAAAUGCAUAUAAGAUGGGAGUUUUGUUGAGAGAAAGAUAUAAUGAAUUGUUAGGAUUAAAAUAUGACCCAGAUGUUAUAUAUAUGCGUUCAAGUCCAACUAACAGAACAAUUGAUACCGGGCGAUUAAUUGCAGCAGGAAUUUAUCCAGAGCUCAAACCCUUAACAUUCAGUUCAAAUCACUUAGACGACAUAAAAGUAUCGAUGUUCUCAAAACCGUUUUUGGAAGACACUCUUCAUUAUUCAAUGUUGUUAUGUAAAAAUUAUCGUCUUGAUCGAAUAAAAUCUGACGCUCAAGUAAAUGAAUUACUUGGCAUACUCACCGACGUACAGAAAUUCUAUGAUUACUUAUCACUUCAUACUGGAGUUAAACAUACACGCAUUUUUCAAAGUUUUGAACUUUAUCAUAAUUUAGCUUCUCAUACUAGUCUUGGUCUCCAAUUGGAACCAUGGGUACACUCUGUUUUUCCAAGUGGAAAACUUGUGGAUUUCGCUAGCAUUGAAUACAAGCUCCAAAGUUACACGACUCGAAUGAAACGUCUUUUAGGUGGAGUUUGGAUAAAAAAAUUUCUAGACACCGCUUAUGAUUUUAAACAUGAGACAAACACUAAUCGAAAGGCAUAUUUUUACUUUUCUCAUGAAACCCAAAUAGUUGGAAUAUUAAACACUCUUGGAGUUUACAAACCUCACGUUCCUAGUUAUUUAAGUUCAGUAAUAUUCGAAUUACAUGAAAUUGAUAACACAUUUUAUGUCAAAGUAAUUUAUAAGAACGAAAAUAAAUUCACAGACCUCGUGAUACCAGGGUGUCAAAAGUCACUUUGCGAACUUGGAACAUUUAAAAAGGUUUUAGAAAAUGUAAUACCCGAUGAUUUCGAAACAGAUUGCGGAAAACGAGGUUUAUUCUACAGUUCUGUGUAAUUAAAUAAAUAUGUGCCUCGAAAAAACUUCAAAUAAAAAUAUUAAAAGUGAUUUUUUUAUUUAAAAAUAAACACGAUUGCGGAUAACUUUGUCCACUUGAAAAAUUUCGAGAUAUUUAAAAAUGUCACAUUCAAAAAUCACGAAAACGAAGUUUUUUUUUAUUAUAAUGACAAUAGUGUACUAUUCAUAAUUAAAUAACUUUCUUUUUCUUUAUCAGUUGCGCUCUAAAACCAAUAAAAAUGUACUUUUUUAAAAAUAAA